GUAUUAUCAACACCGUAUUAACUUACAAUAAAACAUAAAUUUCAGAUUGAAGCAGAUUUUAAAGAAUUAUACCCAGAAAAACAAUUUAUGAUUACGUCGAAAUGGGCUGAAACGUUACCAAAGCUUACGGUUUACUACGAGGAACACGUAAAAGAUAAAUACUCCAGAAAACUUUUGACAUCUGUAAAAGGCAUAACCGACACAAAUUCGAAAGACUGCAUUUAUUUCAUGCUGCUUCACUCCAUUUUAAAACCAACUCAUCGGUAUAUAAUUAAAGAAGGCGAAUUAAAAGUACAUCGUAAAGCAACAAUUCAAAAUUCCGUGAGCAGCUCUAUUUUACAUAUUACCAGUGUAAAUGAUUUGCAACAUCAAAUGGAACUACGUAGAAAUAAGUCUAUAGAAUCGAAAACGCCAAUACAGCCCUUUUCAAUUGUAGUGGGCUCUGAUCUAUUGAGUUUAACUGAUUUUUAUGUGAGCUUUCGUUAUCAAAAAUUUAAAUUCAGCUCAUUUAUAAUAUCUUUGGAUAUUUGCUUUAAAAUUUAUCAAAUAUUCUCUUUAAAAUAUCCUGAUGAGUCUCAUCACGUGUGGAGUUUUCUUCAACAUUACUUUUAUGAUAUUUCUACUCCUUAUGACGUAAAGAAGCCAUGUGUAAACAAAUAACAUAUUUUCAGAUUUGUUUUAAUGACUAAAAUGUUGUGUUUUAAAUGCUAUACAGAUUUUGUUAUCUUGACAGCUUUAUACUCUCAUUUCGUAUCAUAUCAUGGGUUAAGUGAAGUAGAUAUCUAUAGAUGUACUCACAAUAAUUGUAAUCAAGAGUACACAAGCUUAAAAAGAUUUAAGGUACAUGUUAAAAGGCAUCUGAAUUUAAAAUCUUUUAAAAAGACUAAUAAUGUUAGCAAAACAAAACAAUCAGACGUUAACUUAGGAA